UCUGCAUGUCUAUAAAAGCUGUGGGCUACCAGAGAACUGGGACGCUUCCAUCUUUAACUGGGUUUGAUUGGGUUAAAAUGCUAAGAGGAUCUUCUUUUUUUAUUCCUAAAAUGAACAAACCUUUUAGCAGAAUUCAGAUGCCAGGUUCAUUCUUCUUCGAGUUCAUUUUCCCUCAGCAGUAAAUCAAGCUUCAAAUGUUUGCCGCAAAAGUUCCACAAAUUCUUCUGACCAAGAGUUUCAUCAGGGUUCAAUAAUGUUCUCAAAAACAGAUGGGUAACUUCCUGUAAGUUUAAAGUAAAAAAAAAAAAAAAAGCUCGUUCAAAACAACAGACUGAGCGUGACAGAACAACAACAAUGAGGAAAAACAAGAAGCGAUCAGUAACCAAGAAGGCCUGGAAACUGAGCUGAUCUAAAAAUGGAGCUGAUGACGGAAGAUGUGUGUAAACAAAAGGAGUAAAAAGUGAGCAAAUGUGAGGAAGUCGUGUCAAACAAACAAAAACCUAAAUUGUAUCAAAAUAUGAGAUUUAGGGAGAUAAUGGAAUCAGAAACUUUUGUUCCCCUGAAGGUAGUUUCAGGAGAGUGGAGGAGCUCUUAUCAACAAUCUGCAUUUGAAAGGUUGUUCUUAAGCCCUGAAGCCAGAGAGGGCCAUUGUUUUAAAGAGUGUGCCACUCCUUCCCCUGAGAGAGGAGGAAUCCUGUUUGACCAGAGGAACUCACCUGACAACAAGACAGCCCUCCUGCUUCUCAUUCCUCCACAAACAACAGCUCGGAGAGCAGCGUCGAUUCACAGGGACUCUGCCGCCGACAAAAGCCUCUUCACCAUGGGGAGGGUCGGCAAGGAGACGGCGGGUCAGAUCCUCAGCUUCGUGGGCUUCGUCCUGGCGGCCGUGUGCACUGGGAUCCCCAUGUGGAGGGUCACCUCCUACAUCGGGGCCAACAUCGUGACGGGACAGAUCGUGUGGGACGGUCUGUGGAUGAACUGUGUGAUGCAGAGCACCGGGCAGAUGCAGUGUAAGCUGAAUGAGUCCGUGAUGAGCCUGACGCCGGAUCUUCAGACCGCCCGAGCCCUGGUCAUCGCCUGCCUCAUCUUCGCCUUCAUUGGCUUCGUCAUCUCGUUUGUCGGAGCCAAGUGCACCAGCUGUUUAGAAAGAGACGCUUCCAAAGCCAACACGGUGAUCAUUUGUGGCUGCCUCAUCAUUCUGGCUGCGGUUCUGAUCCUGAUUCCAGUGUGCUGGUCUGCGGCCGUCACCAUCUCUGACUUUCAGAACCCUUUGACUGUUGCUACUCAGAAGCGGGAGCUGGGAGCUGCCAUCUACAUCGGCUGGUGCUCUGCUGUAUGUCUGCUGGUCGGAGGGAUCGUCUUAACCACUUCCUGUCCUCCUCAAAGUACCUUCUACCAGAAGAACCCAGGAACACAAAUGUACCCGUAUGCUCCGUACAUGAACCGCUCCGUCUACACGCCAGUGUAUGCCCCUGCAUCCAGCCAGCCGUACACCGCAUCAGGGACGUACAUACCAGUCAAACCCAACCCUGCUCCAACCGCAUACUCUCCUCGACAGUACAUCUAGAAGGAAGGACUCGCUCAAAAACUGUAUUCCAGCCACGAUGGUUUGGGAACCGAAGUGUAUCAUCCCACAACUUAUUUUCUGAUUCUAAUAACUGGUAUUGACAUUAUGUCACUGUGAUUGCAGUCUGUAGAAACCUGUCCCUGUUCUUGUUAUUUAGUUCUAAACUCUUGAAAAUUUUAAAAAAUGUUGCAUCUUAGAAAAUGUGCAAACAGGAAAAAUGUGUGUAAUGACCGGCUUUCAUAUUUUCAUGUCCAUUUCCUUGAACACAGACCAUGUUGUGUAAGAAGUGCUGCUUUUCUACUGUAUCUACAAAGGACUUUUUAAAUAUUUAAAUGUCAAUAAAAGGAUGACUGUGA